GUAAACCUUUGACAGGCAGAACUCAUCAAAUUCGUGUACAUCUUCAAUACCUUGGAUAUCCAAUUGCUAAUGAUCCCUUAUAUUGUAAUAAAAAGGUUUGGGGCAGUAAUUUAGGUAAAGGUGGGAUAAAUGAGGAAGCUGGUGAUGGUCGCAACGAAGAUGAUAACGAUCAACCAUCAAUUAAGAAUAUUAUAGAGAAACUUUCAAAUGAGGUGGGAGACGACGAUGAAAUUGAUUUAAAUCUUAAAAAAACAGACAAUGAACAAUCUAAGGAGAAAAUAGAUUUGAUGAUUGGAGAUAAAAAUGAAGAAUCUGAUGAAUAUUACUGUGAAGAAUGUAAUAUAAAUAAAUUUCCAGAUCCUAAGCCUAAUCAAUUAUUAAUUUGGUUACAUGCUUUGAAGUAUGAAGGCGAAGGAUGGGAAUUUAAAACUGAUUUACCUGAUUGGGCCGAAGAUAAUUAUAUUGUUAUUGAUGAAAAUUAA